AUGCCUCGCGCACAUCGUCGCAGCCCUCUCGCCGUCGCACGCCAAUUCGUCGCACAGCUGUCGCCAAUGCGCACAGCAGCGUCGCCCCAGGCAGCGCGCGCACGCCCGCGCCGUUUGAGCUCACCGCGCCCCGGCCUCCUGCGCCCUCGCCCCCUGGCUGUUCCUCCCGAGCAAUCCUUCCGCAACAGGGCGUUUCCCACGCUCAGGGGCGCAACAUGCGGGAAUUCUUUCCGCCGCAGGCUCCCGACACAUGCUGGCGCGGCGCUUUCCGCCGCUGCGGCGGCUGUAGCAGCCGCGGUAUUGGCGGGGGAAGGAUCAGCGGCUGUAGCAGCCGCGGUAUUGGCGGGGGAAGGAUCAGCGGCUGUAGCAGCCGCGGUAUUGGCGGGGGAAGGAUCAGCGGCUUGGGCGGAAGCGACGGUGAUCUGGCAUCCGCUGACGGCGGGCGAGGCGGGCGCGCUCAAGGCGCUGGUGGCGGCGGACGGGGAGUACCGCGUGCGCCUUGCGCCCAACCCCUUCUCCGCCGCUCCCCCGCCCCAGGGGCACGUCAUCGCAUGGGGACGCGCGGUGAGUCGUGUUCAUUGUUUAACAUCCCCGCCGUCUCAUUCCGUACCCCCCUUCCUGCCACCCUUGCCAUCCCCUCUCAUCCCUUGCCUUUCCUGCCACCCUUGCCAUCCCCUCUCAUCCCUUUCACCCCGCUCACCCCUCUCACCCCGCUCACCCCUCUCAUUCCCUGCGUCCGCCUCUCAGCGCUGCCUGGCGGCAGCUGGCUUCCGCGACUCACUGCACCUCCUCUUUGACGCGGGUGGCAGGCUGAUAUCGGCCCACGUGAAAGCACAAGCUGACUGCUCUCCAGCCGCCACUGCUGCUCUCGAUGUCGAUGCGGUGAUGGCGGUGCCUCUCAUUGUUCUCAACUCUGACGUCACCAUCCAUGCCAGCACCAUCGCCCAACGAGCCCCAGUGGGGGGAGCGGCGGUGGGGGCGGGGGGAGCAGCAGGGGGAGGCGUGGGGGGCGAGGAGGACCCCAUGGCGCCCCCAGUGCCGCCCAAGACGUUCUGGCAGAAAUAUUGGACUCAACCCUGCUACUUCAUGCCUCUUCUGCUUUCCCCCAACCCCGCACUUCCCCUCUGUAACCAUAACCCCCCGGGCAUCUGCCAGUGGGUGUUCAUCAUGGCGGGGGGUCCCCUCGUGCUCAACUGGGUGUUCAUCAUGGCGGGAGGCUUGCUCGUUCUCAACUGGGUGUUCAUCAUGGCGGGGGGUCUGCUUGUGCUCAACGUCUUCACGGCCCUCGCUGGCCCCGAUGCUCCCCCCGCUGCUCAAGGGGGAGGUGCUGGGGGAGGGGGAGCAGCACGGCGUGGGGGAGGGGGAGGGGGAGGAGGAGGGGGUGGAAGACGGCCGUAG